AUGAGUUCAUUUCUGCAUUCUUCAAUACUCCUAUUAUUACUUUUUGAAAUAAUAUUAUCUCGACCAGCAAUGCAAAGAAUUAUGGUUAAUAAUCAUACAUGGGAAGUACCAGAUGAACCUGGAUGGGAAGAAGUGAUUAGAGAUGCGACAGCAAUUCAAGAGCUUUUACAUGGAUGUACAACAGCGGUUGAAUGUCGUCGAGUUGUUGAACAAAUGCAUGUUGUCUUUAACUCUCAUCCGGUUUCUAGAAAAUAUCUUGAGUCAGACCCAAGCGGUGCGCAUCAUAUAAUGGCAUCGAUAUUCAAAUGGGGUUGA